UGAGGUCUCAGUCCGUCCACUAGGUGUGGCUGUCGUGCCGCGCGCCAGCUGCACAUCUCGCGGCGGAGGGAGCGCAGGUAACGUUACGGUUCCGCCUCUGCUCUCGGUCCAACCAACUUGGACAACAUGCCCAUGCCUUUGAACAGAGGAGUUUCCCGCAGGAACUUUCCCUCUGAGACUGGAUUUAAAGGAUUGUCCGGAGCGUCACAUCGACACGAACACUGACACCACGACCUGAAUCCUGAAUCCUGGAACUCGAGAUGUGGACGGGACUUACCUGAGCGGGGACUGCAGGUUCAGAGGAGACCAUUACUUCGGUUUUAGUGCGGAUACUCUCCUGGGAUUUUAUUAAAAUGGAUGCACUGUGGAUAAACAUCUUCCUCCUGGCGUGUGGGUCCGGAUUAGGGUUUGGAAGCUCAAACAAAUGCGAUGAAGUGAGAAAAGUUUUCCAACUCCGGCAAAUUGGACCGAGUCAGUUAUUACCUUUAAGUCCCAGACCAGGCUCAGACCUCCAGGUGUGCAUGUCCAAAAACCUGAGCUGCUGCACCAAGAAGAUGGAGGAGAAGUACCAGGUGGCGGCCCGGAGAGACAUCCAGAACCUCCUCCAAACGUCCAGCUCCAGCCUCAAGUUUCUCAUCUCGCGCAACGUAGCUGCUUUUCAAGAGACCUUCGAGGUCCUGAUACGACAGGCAGAGAAUCACACAAACGUCAUCCUCCACGAGUCGUACCGCACCAUGGCUGAUCAGGCCCUGGGCCCCGUGCAGGAGCUCUUCACCGACAUCGGCCUCUUCCUGCUGGGCUCUGAACUCAACGUUGAUGAAUUGGUGCAGAGAUUCUUCGACUCUCUCUUCCCGCUGGUCUACAGUCACCUCAUCAACCCCGGCCUCAGCGACAUCUCAUCAGGCUACGCUGAGUGUGUCCGGCAGUCCAGGCGGGAUGUGCGACCCUUUGGUGCGGCGCCGAGCCUCCUGGCUGAUCAGAUUGCUCGCUCGGGGGUCUCUGGGAAGCUUCUUCUUCAGGCGCUGCACCUUGGCAUCGAGGUCAUCAACACCACAGACCACCUGCAGCUGAGCCGGGAGUGCAGGAGGGCUCUGCUCAAGAUGCACUACUGUCCUCACUGCCAGGGAUUAACUCAGGCCAAACCCUGCAUGGGAUACUGUCUGAACGUGAUGCGGGGCUGUUUGGCGAGCAUGGCGGAGAUCGACACUCACUGGAGGGAGUUCGUCCGCUCGCUGGAGGGCCUGUCGGCACGGAUGCAGGGGCUGCAGGAUUUGGAGCAAGUGCUUCUGGGAGUUCACACGCUGCUUCAUGACGCUGUCGGACACGCUCAGAAAAAUGGACCUCGCCUCUCAGCACAGGUGCACAAACUGUGUGGCCAAGCGAGCAGGAAGCCUGCGCAGUCAGUCAGCAUCCAGCACAGCAGAGACAGCCGAGAGUCCCUCCCUCUGAAAAGUCUCCUAAGGGCGUCUGGGGACUCGCUUGCUGUCAGGAGAAGGGACUUUCUGAACAGCUUACGUCUCUAUCGGACGUACUACGGUGGCCUGGCGGAUCAACUGUGUGUGAGUGAGCUGGCCUCCGGUGAUGGGCUCUCCUGCUGGAACGGCACGGACAUCGUAAAAAGCUACACCCUGCGUGUGGUCGGCAAUGGCAUCAAGGCUCAGAGCGACAACCCCGAGGUAAAAGUGAAGGGAGCGGACCCCGUGAUCAAUCAGAUCAUCGACAAACUCAAACACAUCAAUCAGUUGUUGCAGGGGAAGUCCAUCCCUAAACUGGGGUCUCUGGACCAGAUUGAAACAGGAAGUGGAGAUGGAGAGGGACGGUACAGCGGCGACUGUGAUGAUGAAGACGGCUGUGCCGGUUCAGGCGGCGGCGAGAGCAGACGGAAAGUCUCCAGAGUCUCCAAACUGAGUCCAGAUGUGGCCGGUGAUCACAGACACCAUCAUCAUCAUCAUCAUUAUCCACCUGCAGAGGACUCCGAAUUGGAGGGCAGAUCCAGGAGCCUUGGACUGACAGGAGCCAUCUGGGUCUUGAUAUUGCCGUGUUUACACAUGCUCCUGGCCUUGUAACAGCUGCCCUUUUAGCAGCAAGAAACUUUCAAGACUUGAUAUCAAGCCCAUUAAUCCAGAGAUGAAAAGGAGCGGAGGACAGAGCGAGCCAGCUCCAACAUUUAAUGGACGGUGCGGGACACAGCGGGAGCAAACACUAAUGAUUGUGUGGAAAUUACCAGACACUGUGGCUUAAACAAGACGUUCAGCUUUACAAAUAUUAUUUUUUAUCUUCAACCCAGCAUUCCUGAGCACUAACAAUGACUUAUUUAUAACAGCUAAUGUCAAAAUUUAGUAAAAAUGUUAAAAUUUGGUAUUAAUUUAAUUUUUAUAUCUAAUAAUAUAUACAGACUGAAGAUUUAUACGAGCAUUAAAUUGCCUCUGCAUAUAUCACUUUGUCACGCUGUCUGCACAGUGCAGGUUAUACUUUUUUAAAAAAUAAGUUCUAUGAAUGCUGUGAAAGAGUCAAAUUAUGUCACGGUACUUUGGUUGUACCAGUUGAAAUUGUGUCUGGAUCAUUUCAUUUACAAGCAGACUGUUCUUUUUAAAUCAUCACAGAAAUCACUUCUGUUUAUAGGUUUUUCUGCAGAUGUUAUUCAUGCCGAAAGUGCUUCAGAUUAUGUCUCAGAUUAAUGUAUACAACAGUAAAGUCUCAUAUACCUGCUAUACUAUGGGGCUCCAUUUGUAAAAAAAAAUGUGCACACUGAAAUUAGCAGCAACAUUUCUCCAUAUUUAGCUCCAAAACUGCAUAAAAAGUCACUUUUUUAAAAUCGUGUUUAGAGCAAUAUUUGUGAUUUUUUUCACAUGUAUUUGAUAAAUGAAGCUUUGAGCUUGUUCAUGAAGGACACGGAAGUGAUACGCCUCAGCUGCUGUUAGCUGUCAGGCAGCAGUUUGAAUCAUUGUUUCCAAUCAAGCGGCAACCUCCUGUCUUUAAAUAUGAAUUCAAUGCGGAAGUGCUAAACACUGCAGUUCAUCAAGCGUCCACUAGAGGCUGGCUGCAGAAACACAGGAAACCACAUACACACCAAUUCAAAGAGACGAUCUUUGCAGCAUAAAUGAACAUGUUUACAGCCUGAUUCAAAAAACAGUUUAAGUCUGAAUAGCUCAUUUCUUGAUUGGCACACACUGUAAUCUAUUCAUAACUCAGUGUUUUCAAAGAUAAUAAAGUUAGGAGUUUUUUGCCCAAAUAAGGACACAGCUCACUUGAUUGACAGGCGGGCACCAUGUAGCUGUUAGCGAGGAGGCUAAAGGCCCUCCUCUUUACCUCACCACUUUCUCGACAGAAGUUAGGUUGAGUUCAGCAUUCCCAAUAUGGCACCCGCCGACGAAAGGCUUCAAAACAGAAGGUCAGGAACAGAUGGGUGACGUCACGGGUACUACGUAAAUUUUUUAUACACUCUGUGGUCCUGACAGACUAUGUUUGAGAUAUCUGUAUCGCUUUAUAAAGCUUUUAAUUUGGUCCUUCCCUUUGGUGGCAGUGUUAAUUAGCAUAUUAGCUAACAUUUAGAGUUAACAUUUAACAUUUAUAUAUAGAUUUAACAUUCAAAUUUCUAUUUAGCAUUUAUACUUCAAAUGUAUCAAUUUGUUUUACAUUUUGUAUUUAGAUUUAAUUGUGAUUUUAUCUUAAAUAUAUUUGUCACAACAAAAAUAAAUGUGAAAAAAUACAAAAGUCACUCAAAAUUUUACACCACGGUUUUAUGACGUUUUGGUGCUAAAUGUGGAGGAGUGUUGCUGCUAAUUUCAGUGUACGCAUCUUUAUAAACGGCGCCCUGUACUAAUAGUACAGAAUAAUAACACGUCUCUGUUAACAGGGACUCAUAUUAAUUGAGGACAUCUGCCUCCCCUCACUUGUAAUAGCCGCCAUGCUGUCCAGAGUCCAUUCAAUUAGUACAUUUCAAUUUAAAAAUUGACCUGUAACGCUGCUGCUGUGAGAAAUUGUGAAAGGAAAGGAGUCGACAGGUGGAAGUGGGGGCCAAGUGAGAAAAGUCAUAUUCCUUUCUUCUUUAGAAAUAGAUUAAUUUCUGCAGGAGUCCAUUAUCAUCGUUCAAACUCAAUCCCGCUCUGCCUCCACCGGCCUGGACAGAACUGAUAGCACCUGGACAUUCUGGUGAGGACACAUUGAGUUGCUUCUACCUGACUACAUAGAGCCGGUGUGUUGCUGGCAGGUUUCUGGGCAGAGAAAGGGGAAAAGGAUUUGCUUCACAUAUGCUUGUCUUUUCAGUACCUGACUAAAGCCAAAGACCCUGUUCUUUGGCUCUGCUGUGAUGUGGAACUGCUCAUCAAAGUAAAAACUCCUCUUACAGGCUGAAUUAACAUAUUUGCAUAGGUAUUAUUAGAAGGAGAUGAAAGCUACACUGUAAAUAAAUGACAGUGUAAAAAAUUCAAUUAAACUCUAAACAGGUUUCUGUUUUCAGGCCAAAGGUACGAUCUCCUCAGGCGCUGUGUGUGAUCACAAACUCUCUGAUCAUAUUUAAAAGCUUGUGACCUUCCUUACGCUAAAGCAUGCAUGGUAAUUCUUGUCAUUAGUCAUUUUCACCUUUAAUACACCAGAAUCAGCUUCUAUCAUGAUACACACCCAAGGCUGCUUAAGCAUCUGAAGCACUCCAGUAGCUCUGAGCUUAUUCCUCCAAAGUUUCAAGGUUUGUGAGUGAUAACUUUGAGAUUAAUCACACUUAUCGUUUAUUUCUGUGCUUUUUAAGACAAGAUUUCCAACCAGCAAUGCUCAAGAACAGCUGUUGAACGACCUUUACGUCACGUUCAACCCCGCAUAGCAAUUAUAUGACAGGUUGGAACCAUCAAAGUCGGCGCUGUUGUCAUUUAGAUAAACGUGUUAAUGACAUUUUCAGUAGAUAACAGGUAUGGAAUCAAAGGGGCCUAAAGGCUAAAUAGAUAUCAGGUUAUUCUGAUUCUCUUGAGCUUAUAGGAAGGAGUUUGAUUUCUUGGUUUGGUCUCUUAUGAGGUUGUUAACGCUGCAUAUGGAGACAGUUAUCCUGAGGAGAAAGGAAAAAGGCCAGAUGUUGAUGAUCAUGCCGGUGCAUCCAGACAGGUGUCAUACUGCAGGCGUCUUUGAAUAACAUGUUUACUCUCUAAUGUCUGCACAGCAGGUGAAUUAUUUAUCUGAAAAGAAGACAUAUCUGUAAAGCACGCCGCACCGGUCUGACCUGGACUAUCUUUCUUCAGAUGACUUCAAUGGAAAACGGCUUUUUGUGACAACUUCUUUUCAUUAAUGUUUUGUUCUUACAUCGCUUGCUUUGCUGGCUCAAUCUGUUUUGAUGCUGUCCUCACCAAAGUAAUUGCUGAGAUCUAAGAACUCAACUGCGUUGCUGAAAAGGUCAGACACUGCAGGAAGAAAGAAAGAAUGCAGUCAAACAAUCAGACAUGUUCUUAAAAAAAAAACCUUGAAGUUGUUUGGAAGAGAAAUUAAUGCAAAAGGUAAAAUGUUAAAACAGACUGCACAUUAUUAAAUUCUACUUCCUGGUUCAAUCAUGAGCAAAGCAGUAAAGGUAAAGCAGUUGUUGGGCGUCCAUUGGACCAGUUUUCAGCAUCACCUUUAUGUUCCCAUGUCUCAUCUGUUUAAUGAAUAAAGGCUAGUUUCCUCUGAUUUAACUAAAA